UGUCAAAAAUAAAUCAAAAAAAGCUCCCCACAUUCAUUGUUUCUUUAAUCAUGACAUAAAAGCUGACUUGAUGAAGUAUUUACAUGGACAUGUAUACAAUGUAUUCUGUGAAAGCACCUGCUUUGGUAAAUAUAUGCAAAUGCAUCAAUGUCGUGCUCGCGGACAAAUACAUAGGUGUUGCAUGGCGUUAGAACUCAACUGUAGUUCUCGCCAAGCAUUUGUAAUGCGUGUAAAUGGAUCUACGUUGCGUUUCACUUUGAGAGAAUUUGCUUUGAUCAGUGGAUUAAAUUGUGUCAACGAAGAAACUGAUUUCAUCUUUGAUCAGUCAGAACCAAAUAGUUUCAUGGAAAAAUAUUUUGAGGGUGUUAAGUUGAUCAGAAAAAUUGAUAUAAUGAGGAGUUUUCAUCGAAAAGUGUGGGGGGAGAACGAUCAGGAUGGCCUGAAGUUUGCAAUUUUAUACUUCAUUCAGACAGUGAUUUUUUCCGGUGAAAGAUCAACAAAAAAAGUUCCUAGAUUAUAUUUUGAUCUAGUCGAAAGUGGAAGGUACACCCAGUUUCCAUGGGGGAAAAAAGCUUUCUAUUUGCUGAUAAAGAGCCUGAGCAAGAAGUUAAAUGGUAAAAAGCAAUUUUACAGAAUUGGGGGAAUGCCUAUUGUAUUCCAAGUAUGGUUGUUUGAGUGCAGCUCGAGUAAUGAUUUCCAGGUCGCUCAAAAGGUUGAUGACCAUAUUCCAAGGUUGCUCAACUGGCAGACGACCAAUGAGAGUCGUAGAUACAAGAAACUUAUGAACACCAUAUUCAGUGAUGUUAAUAACAAGAUUAAAUUCAGGAACAUUACACCAAAUCAAAGGGAACUUGCAGUAUUGCAACUGCCACCGGAGGGUAUCGAAAAUCAAGCUCCACCUCAGUAUUCAGAUUCAUCAGAUGAUGAGAUAGAUGAUGAAAUAAUUGAUACAGAUGAUGAUCAACGAGAGGGAAGCUGUGACGACAAAGAUUCUGAAGAUGAUUUUCAAGCACCUCCCCCACAAGCAGUAAAGGUCAAAAGGAAGGAAAAUGUUGGUUCCUCAACGUCGCCUCUUAGAAAAAGGACAAAGAAGCUGGUGACUGGUGGAUCAAAACAGGAUGCAAAAAAAUUGGAACCUCGAAUUGCUCUUAAACAGCCGAUGAAAAAGAAUGCUGAGUCAAAAAAGAGAACAAGCGGACCUGAAGUGGAAGGCUGGGUGAAAGAGCUGUCAGAUUUCAGAAAAGAAGUUAAACAAGAGUUUGUUGAAAUUCGCAAUUUGAUCAACGACAACUUCAAAACUGUUCUGGCAGCCAUCAAUUCAAAACGGGAUGAGCAGGAGGCAGAGCAUUCUGAUGAUCAUGUUGUCCCUCCAAAAUCAAAUGAUGAAGAUGGGUAUACACCACCAUACACUUUCAAUAAAGAAUCUCCAACAAAUCAAGUUCUUGUAUCUCAGUGUGAAAAAUUGGAAUCUGGAAAUUCAGAGACACUCAAGGAUUCAAACGACAGUAAAUCAACAAAUGUUGUGCCCCAUACAAUCAACACUACAGAUGGAAUAUAUCCCAACUCCGAUGAUCAUGAGGUUUUUUGUAUCAACACCCCUGUUCGAAAUCUGAUUGAAGUGGAUUAUGAGUUAAGUGCACCAAGACCUACAAUUCCUAGAGUAAAUCAACCAAGUUUUGUAUUUGAUAUACCCCCACAAAAAGUGCUUGGAGUAUCUGAAAAAUCUCAUGAGGAUGAUGUUGAACAAAUGCCAUGUCCAGUCCCUAUCCGGAUUUUGGAUCACAUGAAAGUGACAACCGAUUCACAGUUUGAAUUGGACGAUCAAUUCAUGCCUAGUCUCAACUCUAUAAAGAGUAGCAUCGCACCACGUUCAACUGUGAUAAAAGGGCACACCGAACAGCUGCCAACAACAAUUGCAGGAUGCAUUACAACAAAGGCAGAUCAGUCCACUAUCGAUGUCCAAUUAGGUACGAACGGUGAAAAUUUGAUGAUAGAUCAACCUAUCAGCAAUAAGGAACAGACGCCAUUACCUAUGCGUAGGAAUAGACGUCCAGGUCCUUAUAAUACAUCUCCGUAUCUGACCAAUUUUGGAUCAUCUGCUGGUAGUUCAUCAAGUCAGGCUCACAUUUUUGAAUUGAAACACCCUUUUAUAUUUGAUUUGAUAUCCGGCGAUUAUGAUAUAACGUUGUGGGAUGCGUUUCGUUCAUGGAUCCGAGAUGGCUUACUUACAAAGCAUGACAGAAAGAAGCAUGAUCAAGACCAUUACAAGAAGAAUCUAGCUGUAAUUUCUGUGCCCAUUAACCUUGGCGUUCUCACAGUGGACAAUAAGAAUUGGUUCUAUAAUCUGUUUUUCAAAGGACAGUUAUUGAACAAUUCGCAUGUUGAUGUGAUUUUAUAUUAUCUACGGAAAAAAGCCAAGUAUGAUGUUGGAGGCAGCUAUAAAUACACAACUGUAGAUUGUGUUUUUAGUUCAAAGAUAUCUGCUAUUUGGGAAAAAUAUUUGGAUUUAGAUAGCGAUGUUGGUUGUGCCGAUGAAGAGCAUGUCAUUGGUGAAUACAUUAGAGGGUACAAAAUGCAUGCUGCUACACCUUGGCAUAAGAUUGAUUAUGUUUUUGUUCCUGUCCACGUCAAGGAGAAAUUUCAUUGGGUGUUGGCUGUGAUAUCAUUGAAUGAUAAGUGUAUCAACGUGUAUGACUCAUAUAGGGCAGCAGGUCACGAUGCAGCUAUCAGGGCAGAGAUAGUUAAAUUGUCUCAGUUGAUCCCUUUGAAGUUAUCAGUCAAUGAAUAUUACAACAAUAAAGGAAUUGAUAUAUCGCAAGCUCAACAAGAGAACGAGUUCUUUAAUGUAGUAUUCAUUGAUAAUGUUCCUCAACAGGCGCAUGGGUCUCUGGAUUGUGGUAUUUAUAUGCUAGCGUUUGCCGAAUACCUGUCAUACGGCCAAGGUAUUCCAGCGAAUAUUUUGGAUGCAUCGUGUUUACGGUCAAGAUAUGCUACACUUCUUUGGAAUUAUGGCCAACAAAAGAAUGAUGCCGGAGCAAUAAGUGACAAUGAAGCACCUCCACGAUAUAGCAGAUUGAAUGUAGCAAUGGAGGAGAUUGAUACAAUUCAAAUAGAUUAGUUAUUGUCCAUUUUUUGGUUUGUACUGGGACAUUAGUUUUUGUAUUAUAUGAAACGAUUUUAAAGGGUUCCAGUUCUUUUGUGUUUAUUAAUGUAUAAAAUCUUGAAGUUAUGGUUUCAAAGGUUUUGGG